CUGAUUGGCUGAUCUGACUGCCGCUUCCUGCUGACGCACCGCACAGUUUUUGCAGCAGUGUUUUGGUUUGGUUUAUUGAUGCUUAGGAGGCUCGUCUGCUGCUUACACACACACACAAACACACACAAACACACACACAAACACACACACACACAGCCGGUUUCUGUCGCCUUUUUUUUUUAUUUUAUUUUUUUUGUUUGCUCGUCGUUUCAGUUCGCUGAAACUAAACACCACGCCGGUCAGAGAUGGCUCAGUGCUCCGAGUCUGCUGACGUUUCCUCCGCGGUCAACGGAGAGCCGAAGAAGGAGAGGAAAGUGGCUGUUAUCACCGGCAUCACCGGACAGGAUGGUUCCUACCUGGCCGAGUUCCUGCUCGCUAAAGGCUACAAGGUUCAUGGGAUUCUGCGUCGCUCCAGCUCCUUCAACACGGGUCGCAUCGAGCAUCUUUACCAGAAUCCACAGACGCACACUGAAGGCAACAUGAAGCUGCAUUAUGGAGAUCUGACGGACAGCACUUGUCUGGUGAAGAUCAUCAACGAGGUGAAGCCCACAGAGAUCUACAACCUGGGCGCUCAGAGCCACGUCAAGAUCUCCUUCGAGUUGGCCGAGUACACCGCUAACGUGGACGGCGUUGGCACGCUGCGUCUCCUGGAUGCCAUAAAGACAUGUGGUCUGACCAACAGCGUGAAAUUCUACCAGGCCUCCACCAGCGAGCUGUACGGCAAAGUCCAGGAGAUUCCUCAGAAGGAAACCACGCCCUUCUACCCUCGCUCACCUUACGGUGCUGCCAAGCUCUACGCCUACUGGAUCGUGGUGAACUUUCGAGAGGCCUACAACAUGUUUGCCACCAACGGGAUCCUCUUUAAUCACGAGAGCCCGAGGAGAGGUUCGAACUUUGUGACGCGUAAGAUCAGCCGGUCUGUGGCAAAGAUUCACCUCGGCCAACUGGAGAGCUUUAGCCUGGGCAACCUGGACUCCAAGAGGGACUGGGGCCACGCCAAGGACUAUGUGGAGGCCAUGUGGCUGAUGCUGCAACAGGAGGAGCCAGAGGAUUUCGUCAUAGCGACAGGCGAGGUGCACAGCGUGAGGGAGUUUGUGGAGAAGGCCUUCGUACAUGUGGGGAAGACCAUUGUGUGGGAAGGAAAGGAUGAGCAGGAGGUCGGUCGCUGUCAGGAGACCGGGGUGGCACACGUGAAGGUUGACCCAAAAUACUUCCGUCCGACUGAAGUGGACUACCUGCAAGGCGACAGCACCAAAGCGAAUCAGAGGUUGGGUUGGAAGCCACGGGUGACCUUUGAGGAGCUGGUGAAGGAGAUGGUGGACGCUGACGUCGAGCUGAUGAAGAAAAACCCGAAUGCCUGAGUCCACCCAGCCGUCCUCUCCGUCAACACACUUUCAAACACUCCUUUUUUUUUUUUUAACCAUUGAGAGCGACAGUGGAGGGACCGUGUUAUAUUUUUAUGACUUUUUACAAAACAUGAAGUAACCGUGUCUUUUGGUUGCCUUUGAGUCUUGUGUGUGUGUGUGUGUGUGUAUUUCUAGCAUCAUGACAUUUUCAUUGUAUUUCAUACGCAGGUCUGCCUUUGUUUAAUUUGAGCUUUGAUCACAUUUUAAUUUAUAGAAGUGGAACAUUUAAAGGGUUUAUUUAUGUUUCUGUUUGUUUUGAUUGCAGCUGAACUAAUUUUAGAUUUCUGAGAUGACAUUCCUUCUUGCAUAGAAUUUUAAAAAUAACAAAAGGAGGAGGGAGCUUUUUAUCUUUUAUUGAAAAUAGAAAUGAGCGGGUAUCAACGUACAAAUGAAUUGGUACAAUAAAGGCUGAGCUUUGACCGA